AUGUCUGACCACUCACAGGUCUAUAUUGGUACAGCUUUUAUUGCCGGAGUGUGUCUAGCUCUUGUGUGUCGAGAGGUGCUAUAUCCGCAGCGCCAGCGCGAAAACUCAGCGCCCUCAACCGCGCAAGCAGAUGGACUCGUUGCGCGGUCAGGCCCGCCGGCGAUAGUUGAAGGAAUCCAAGGAUGCAUAGGAAAUACACCACUUUUUCGGAUCAAGUCACUUUCAGAAGAAACAGGAUGUGAAAUCCUGGCCAAGGCCGAGUUCUUAAAUGGCGCCGGGCAGAGCUCGAAGGAUCGAGUAGCCCUGAGUAUGAUUGAGAUUGCCGAAGAACACGGAAUCCUGACGCCGUACAGCGGUGAUACGAUCUAUGAAGGCACAUCAGGAUCGACCGGCAUUUCGCUUGCGAGCCUUGCCCGAGCAAAGGGAUAUCUUGCCCAUAUCUGCAUGCCUUCGGACCAGGCUAUUGAAAAAUCCAAUUUACUUCUCAAGCUCGGGGCAAUUGUCGACCGCGUGCCCCCAGCACCAAUUGUUGAGAAGGAUAACUUCGUUAAUCGUGCCCGAUCACUUGCACAUGCGCACACAGCCUCCACAUCAGUCUCCUUCAUGGCCGACGAGGGAGGCCAUCUAGAAACCCACGAGCGCAAGGUCCGGGGCCGCGGCUUUUUUGCGGACCAAUUCGAGAACGAGGCAAACUGGCGCGCUCAUUACGAUGGGACUGGUCCGGAGUUGUAUGCGCAGUGCGAUGGGAAUAUUGACGCGUUUGUUGCCGGUGCUGGCACCGGUGGUACCAUCUCUGGUGUGGCACGGUAUCUGAAGCCACUACUUCCUAAUAUCAAGGUUGUCCUGGCUGAUCCGCAGGGAAGCGGGCUAUAUAAUCGUGUUGUCUAUGGCGUUAUGUUCGAUGUCAAAGAGCGCGAGGGCACGCGGCGACGACGUCAGAUCGAUACUAUUGUGGAAGGCAUCGGCAUUAAUCGCGUGACGGCGAAUUUCGAGGCUGGGAAAGAGCUGGUUGACGAUGCAGUGCGUGUGACAGACGCACAGGCGCUAGCCAUGGCUCGAUGGCUUGUUGAAAAGGAUGGUAUUUUCAUUGGCAGUAGCAGCGCGGUCAACUGUUUCGCUGCGGUUAAGACGGCGCAGAAGCUUGGCCCUGGGCAUAGAAUUGUGACGAUGCUAUCUGAUUCUGGCUCGCGACACUUGUCUCGAUUCUGGGCCAAGGCUGGUGAUGUCGGUGGGGCCGUUGAUACAAAGUUGGAAGAUGUGCUUAAUGCCCGGGAUGAGGAUUUUCAGUAG